UAACCAUUUCUUCUCUGCACAACCUUAACAAUAAUAAUAUCUCUCUUCUAAGUAAAAAAAUGGCAAUGAAUGGUUUGUCCAAGAUGGCUGCAGCCGCCGCAACUGCUCUUCUCCUAGUCCUGACCAUUGUCCCGGCCACAGUAGCUGUGACUUACACGGUGGGAGACGGUCAACAAUGGGACAGUGGUGUGGACUACACAGUUUGGGUUGCCGGAAAGACUUUCAGGGUUGGUGACAUUCUAGAGUUCAAGUAUGGUCGAUCACACUCGGUGGAUGAGGUUGACAAAGCCGGAUAUGAUGGCUGAGGUUGACAAAGCCGGAACCAUUCCGAUGGAGACACCAAAAUCGAUCUUAAGACAGUAGGAAUAAAGUAUUUCAUCUGUCCUACACCUGGUCAUUGUGCCAAUGGCAUGAAGCUAGCCGUUACUGUCUUAGCCGCCUCUGCCGGACCUCCGGCCACUCCCACGCCCCCGUCUACAACUCCGGGAACUCCUACCACACCGGACUCACCUCCGGCUGGCGGAUCACCCACCACACCCACACCUGAUUCAGGGUCAACUUCUCCUCCUCCACCAAAGCCAAGUGGUGCGUCAAAGGGAGUGAUGAGUUACGUUUUGGUCGGAGUCUCGAUGGUUUUGGGUUAUGCUUUGUGGAUGUAAUUGGUUUAGUGAGCCAGGGUGGAGUCAGUGCUUUUGCUUUUUAAAUUAUUUUGGUCUUUGGUUGUAAGAGAAUUUGGGUAUGUGUGAUACGUCAGAAGCUCUUCAUUAUUCGUAGGAUUUUAUUAUUCGGCAUUUGAUUAUCGUUAUCAUCAUCACAUUACUCACUUAUUGUUGUAAUAAAUUAUUACUUAAUUUUUCCUUUCAUU